AUGCUCUUUUCUACUAUCAUAUGUGCAGCUCUUGCUCAGAGCUUGACAGUCUCCGCCGCGACCAUGAUGGUCACGGUCGCUGCCAACAACAAGUUUCAGUUCACACCAAACUCCGUCACUGCUCAACCCGGAGAUACGGUCGCAUUCAACUUUGUCGCUCAGAACCACAGCGUGGCCUCCUCGACAGCAAACCAGCCCUGCCAACCCGGACCCAAUGCCCUCUUCUCCGACUUCCAACCCAUCCCCGGUAACCCCAAGGGCAGCCCCAACCCAGCCAACGGCCGUCGCCAGGCUGGCAACACCCCUAUGUUCAUGGUCCCCAUUACCGACAACCAGCCCAUCUACGUCUACUGCCCCCAAGCCCAACACUGCCAGCAAGGUAUGGUCAUGGUUAUCAAUCCUCCCAACGCU